CAACUUGUUUUCUUUUAUUCACUCUCCAUUUCCACAGAAGAAGAAGGAAGAAAAAACGUCCUCUACGUGUAGCUCUCUCUCUCUGUCACUGCGAGGCCCAACAGCUCAGUGCAAGGGUGGCAUUUCGCAUAAUACUCGUAGAUCAGGGUUAUGGCUAGCACAGCGUGUUUUAUCAUUGUCAGCAGAAAUGAUAUUCCUAUAUAUGAAGCUGAAGUCGGCUCUGCAGUGAAAAAAGAAGAUGCUGCACAGCAGCACCAGUUCAUAUUACAUGCAGCAUUGGAUGUUGUCCAGGAUCUGGCAUGGACAACAAGUGCUAUGUUCUUGAAAGCAAUUGACAGAUUCAAUGAUCUAGUGGUGUCAGUAUACGUUACUGCUGGUCAUACACGACUUAUGCUACUUCAUGACUCCCGAAAUGAAGAUGGAAUAAAAAGCUUCUUCCAAGAAGUCCACGAGCUAUAUAUAAAGGUUCUUCUCAAUCCUCUUUAUCUACCUGGUUCUCGCAUUACAUCAUCACAUUUUGAUACAAAAGUUCGAGCCCUUGCACGAAAAUAUCUAUGAGACCACCUGAUCCCCGCUGGAAAAGGGAGCUCAUCAGAGCCAGGUGAUGAAUACGAUGACCUCUAUCUCUCAAGUCAAGCUUGAAAAGAGGUGUCUCCAAGAUAUCGAAGUAGGUGUUCCCACUUGAUCCUUUCCUUGUAAGUUCACACUGCCAUUGUCUCCAUAUGGGUGUCUAGAAGCCUCUUUGUGGUAACCGCUGUUUGUCCCCAUGCCUUCUGAGACCCACAUCUUAUAUAAUAGUGUAUUUGGCUGCAGGUGAUGCUAGCUUUCUUAGCAAGUGUCCUGUAGCCAUGGACUCAAGAGAGCUUUCUGAAUCCCUUUCUAGAUUGAAACAUUUUUGUACGGUUUUUCAACAUUGAGGAUAUCUGUGUUUUAUGUUUGGUCCUCCCUUUUUGGGUUUUAAGUCCAGUACUUGGUUGCCUGCCUCA